GUAGCACGUGCAUGCGUGAUUGGGCUCGGACGGAUGAUGCCGAGCAACCGCUUGUCAAAUUGGUACCACUGCUUUGUCCUGGCACCGCCAAUUCAACUGCCCAGGUAUCUAUCGAGCGUGUCGGAACGAAUGGCCAGGAUUCGGCCGAGCCUGCCGAUUCCAACAUGGAACUUCCGGUGAAUGCUGAUCCACAGAUUUUUUUUCAGCAGGGCCACAAUUCGUCCAGCUCCAGAUCCCGAUGGUCUGGCAAGGGGGACACCACCAAUGUUCCACCAGUACCGAAUUGGUUUCAGGUGUACGACAAGAAUAAGGCACCCUUGCCAAAGGAGUCCCCGCGUUUUGAUGAGGUCUCCACCAUGGCAACUCCACGAGAACAGGUCGGAGGUGAAUUUCGCACCCCAGGACCUACACCACGGAAAGAUUUCAAGGCGAGAGAGUCGCCCUUGGCUCCCGCUCUAGAUGAGGGCAGACGCGAAGGGGAGAUGCAUUACGAAGGUACUUACCUUGGAACCAUGAAGCAUGGACGAGGGCGUUUGAGAAUGCCGAAUUACGUCUACGAGGGCGAGUUUCAAAACGAUCUCAAGCAUGGGAUCGGCAUCCUUUCAUGGGAUGAUGGCAGACGCUAUGAAGGAGGGUUUCAGCAAGGCCAGUUUCAUGGGGCUGCUGUCAUGCAAUGGCCAGAUGGCCGCCGGUACAUCGGGCAAUACUCGGAGGACCGCAAGCACGGUGAGGGCACCUUCUCCUGGCAGGAUGGACGAAGAUACGAGGGCCAGUGGGUGGCUGGCAAGCGGCACGGCGUUGGCACUUACACCAACGCCAAGGGCUUCACCCGACGUGGCACCUGGCAGCAGGAUAGGCCCAUCAAGUGGGAGGAGCCGACAGAGCAGUCUGUCGCCAUGCCGAUUAAACUGUCAGAGCAAGGCCCAUCCCGCCAACUGGAGACCCUGGCUGCGGAAGAAGAGGUUCUUGAAGUCAGCACAUUGUGA